AUGAAGAUACUUUGUAUUUUCCUGACCUUUGUCUUCACUGUGUCCUGUGGUCCAUCAGUUUCACAGAAACAAACAAGAGAAAUUGCAGAGAGAAAAAGAGAAUGUUACCUUGUCCGUGGUGCUUGUAAGACUUCGUGCAACACCUGGGAAUACAUAUAUAAUUUCUGCAAUAUUGAGCCCUGCUGCGUUGUACGGGAAUACCGAAAGCCAACCCCUAAAGGCAUCAGUACUACAGCUUAUACAGAUGUAAAUUAUAAUUAUCCUGCAUAG